GAAGUCAUCACAAUCAAACUGUCACCGAUUUGUACUAUAAAGGAAGGAGAGGAUUGUUGAAAAGCAAGCAAAAACACGCACACACACGCUGAUAUGAUAAAAAAAUGUUCGCAUGCUCUCUACUCUGGGGAGUCGAUGUAAAGAAUUGAGGCUCUGACGAAGGAAUCAAUGAGAUGGUGUGGUUUGGUGUAGGGGAAGUAGUGUGACAAAAGUGCCGAAGAAGACAGCUUCGUACACGUGUCAUCUGGAAAAAUAUCCCAAUUUUCGGCGAUUUAUUAUUCAUUUAAGAAGAAUUCCUCGUGCACCCCGAUCCUGCUAGGCUAGGGUUUUAUUUUGAAGUGCCGUCCGUUUUUGGAGCUGGAUCUUCUGCUAUUCACUACUAGUCUUUUACACUCUGAUCGAUCUCUUUGCAUUAGCAGCAAGCACUCCCAAACUGUAGGCACCAUCUGUAAUCGUCAACGCAGAUUUGAUUUUGGUUAGACAAGGGGGGAAAAAACUCCCCUGUUUUUUGUGGGCUCUCUCUCCGAGGAAGUAUGGGUUCUAUGGCUCAGCUCCGUUACUCUCCUCUCGCUGGGCACUAUCAUCAUUUCACUCAUAAUCGUCAUAUUCCUAAUCAAACAUCCAAAAUUCUUGCUAUUACUUUCCCAUAUUCCUCAUCACCAUCACACUCUCAAAACCUCUCCCUUUGUCCUCGUCAGACUAAUUUUCUAGUCAAACACCAACUUCCGUUAGCCGGUGGUGGCGGCGGCGACAAUGGAGUGGGUGGUGGAAUCAGUGGCGGUGAUGGCAGUUGGAGCAGUGGAGGUGGAGAUUCCGAAGAUUCAUCAUCGUCGUGGGAUAGUUUUGGGCCCAUAGGGGCUUUUCUUAAUGGUUGGAGAUCGAGAGUGGCCGCAGAUCCCCAGUUCCCUUUCAAGGUUUUAAUGGAAGAAAUAGUUGGUGUGAGCGCAUGUGUACUGGGAGACAUGGCGUCUCGUCCUAAUUUUGGGCUCAAUGAGCUUGACUUCGUUUUCUCAACCCUUGUCGUUGGGUCUAUUCUGAAUUUCGUGCUAAUGUAUCUAUUGGCACCCACCAUGUCUUCCUCGGCCCAGAAUCUGCCAUCAAUUUUCGCCAAUUGUCCCACAAGCCACAUGUUUGAGCCUGGACCUUAUAGUUUUUUCAACCGUUUUGGGACAUUUGUGUAUAAAGGAACUCUUUUUGCUGCUGUUGGGUUCGCAGCUGGAUUAGUUGGAACUGCGUUAUCAAACGGGCUAAUGAAGAUGAGAAAGAAGAUGGAUCCAAAUUUUGAGACACCAAACAAGCCUCCACCAACUGUUUUGAAUGCAGCUACUUGGGCGAUUCACAUGGGUGUUAGCAGUAAUUUCAGAUAUCAAACUCUCAAUGGGAUCGAGUUUUUGCUAGCCAAGGGACUUGCACCCUUGAUGUUUAAGACUUCGGUAGUUGUUUUGAGAUGCCUGAAUAAUGUCCUUGGAGGAAUGUCAUUCGUUGUAUUGGCAAGAUUGACAGGAUCACAGAGCGUUGAUGAGGAGAAGACGGUUGCUGUUGUUGAAAAGGGAUCGGCUGCUGAGACCAAAUUGGUAGAUGAGAGUCGGGAUUUGGCUAGCAGUGAGUCUACUUCCAAUUAAUUUGGCUCGUCUGAUUGGAUGUUUUUUUAGGAAUGUUUUCUCCAAUCUUUAGUGUUUGAAAUAAAUCGAAUGUGAUUUUAUAGCGUUGAGUCACUGAAGAUGGUUAAUUUCAGUGGCAUCCGACUCAGGUGGGUGGCAUGGAGCUGCAUGCUGCUACUUGGAUCUGGUGAUUGACCAUUUGAGUUUGAAAAACGUGAUGAUUUACCUGCUUUUUUGUCUGUAAAACAUGAUUUGUUGUGUCUUAGCAGUGCAAUGCAAUAGAUUUGAAUUAUGUCA